AUGAAGAGACUCCAAUUCACUCCGGAAAAAUCCUGUCUCUUCGUGGUGGCUUUAUCCGGUCUGAUAAUCGGUGCACUUGUUUUUUCAAGCUUAAUCCGAUCGGUUGACAACAUCUCCUCCUUCGGCCUCUGCUCCUUAGCCUCGACCAAACACUGUACCGCCGCGGAUUACGCCGCUACACCAAUCCAACUCCAAGCCAUCCUCCACUAUGCGACGUCAAAAAUUGUCCCACAGCAAUCAUUGGCCGAAGUCUCAGUCACUUAUGAUGUCCUCAAAACACGGUCACCUUGUAACUUCCUUGUAUUCGGACUCGGGUUUGAUUCUCUCAUGUGGACAUCAUUAAAUCCACAUGGCAACACUCUAUUCCUCGAAGAGGAUCCCAAAUGGGUUCAGACAAUUCUCAAAAAACACCCAACGUUAAAUGCGCAUACGGUUCAGUACCGGACCCAGCUACAGGAAGCCGAAGGCCUCCUGAAAACGUACCGGUCUGAGCCAUUGUGUUCGCCAAGUAAAGCCUAUUUACGGGGCAAUUACAAAUGCAAGUUAGCAUUGACUGGAUUGCCUGACGAAGUUUAUGACAAGGAAUGGGAUUUGAUAAUGAUCGAUGCGCCAAGAGGGUACUUCCCGGAGGCGCCAGGGAGGAUGGCGGCGAUAUUCUCAGCGGUGGUGAUGGCUAGGGGAAGGAAAGGACCAGGAGUGACUCAUGUGUUUUUGCAUGAUGUGGAUCGGAGGGUGGAGAAAACGUUCGCGGAGGAGUUUUUGUGCAGGAAGUAUUUGGUUAAGGCUGUGGGGAGGCUAUGGCAUUUUGAGAUACCAUCUGCUGCUAAUGUGAGCCAGAGUGGUGGUUGGUUUUGCUAA